CAAGGGAAAAACGGGCAAAACGUCGAUACGAUGUCGCAGCCCCCCUUUACGGCGACUGUGUUCCAGCUCCGCUGAGCCUGCCCGCACGAAAAUAUUGCCGUCUCCCGAGGACCUUUUGCGACAGAUUCGCGAAGCUAGUUCAAAAUGGGUAACGAAAGUUCGCUGCCUAUGGAACUCUGUUCGAACUUCGACGUGGACGAGAUCAGAAGAUUGGGGAAAAGAUUUCGGAAGCUAGACUUGGAUAACAGCGGGGCGCUCAGCAUCGACGAGUUCAUGUCCCUGCCGGAGUUGCAGCAGAACCCGCUGGUGCAGCGCGUCAUUGACAUAUUUGACGCGGAUGGCAAUGGGGAGGUGGAUUUCAAAGAGUUCAUCCACGGAGUGUCUCAGUUCAGCGUUAAGGGCGACAAAGAGAGCAAAUUGCGAUUUGCAUUUAGAAUUUACGACAUGGAUAAUGACGGAUACAUAAGCAACGGAGAGCUUUUUCAAGUGCUAAAAAUGAUGGUAGGCAAUAACUUGAAGGACACACAGUUGCAGCAAAUUGUCGAUAAAACAAUACUCUUUGCCGACAAAGAUGAGGAUGGUAGGAUUAGCUUCGAAGAAUUUUGUUCUGUUGUUGGCAAUACAGAUAUUCAUAAGAAGAUGGUAGUUGACGUUUAAGUGACCAAAGUGAAAAAAGAAACUCUUUAAUUUACAAAACGCGGUAUGUUAAUUGAAAUCUAUAAAUUAAUAAUCUAUUAACAACAGAUUUAUGGGAUAGUUCUAUAACAGAGAUCUGUUUAGAGUGAACUUACACGAUUAUUGUUCUUAAGCCUUUGAUCAUUACAAGUCUAUCCAAAUGAAAAAUUUUCAUGGUACGCCAGACACUGAGAAAACGGUGCGGCACACCGUAUGUUACAUCUACGUGAUAUCAGUCAUUUUGGUGUCGUUAAAGAUAUUGCGGAACACGAAUCAAGUUAUCGCGCGCGUUCCGUUGGAAAUAAAGAUCAGCUAUGUGAUCUUAAGUAAUUAACAACCUUUUAACUGGACAUCUUAAGUUUAAUAUGUCGCAUGAUUCUCUCCAGACUUUCUUGGAAAAUUUGCGGCAAAGUCAGUCUUCUCAAGCGCCUGUCGAAAAAAAAAGGGAAUUUUCAGAUUACAUAUAGAUGCACUUUGUUCCUUUUACUAAUUCUCGAUGGACAAGCACGAAAGUAAAAUCAAAUCUCGCAUUAUUGAUACGAUCACCAUGCCAUACAAAAUCUAUUCAUAUUUCCAUCAUUGUUCGAGAAGUAAUUGUUACUAAUAUUAUCUUUUUAAAGAUUUCAUUCAGCGAGCUCUUACGAGAUAUUUACUAAUUGUAGACUAAUAUCUUAAUAUAUUAAUAUUCAAACGUAUUAAUAUAUUAAUAUUUUAGAAAAGUUACGAACAUUUAGAUAAGCCAACUCUAUUAAAAAAAAAAAAUGUAUUAUGUUAACAAUAAACGAUCACGAAAUUGUGCAUUCGGAAGAUACAGCGAGGCGGAUUUUGCGAAGUUAUAAUAGAAGUACUAAGCUUAUUGAGCUACGAGUUCUACUCUUGGUUAGAGCCUUUACGUGUGUAUAGAACGUGCAUGUAUAAACUGUAUAUUGACAUAUACUGGAUUGUCGAUUUGUAAUUUUUCGAAUGUACGAUUUAUUUAUUUAUUUA